ACCUGUAUUGACUUGAAAAAAUUGGUCUAGGUUAUGCCAUAAAAGCAGCUCCAUUCUGAUUCUCGCACUAUUAAUUAGCCAUAGCCAAUUAGCUUCACCCGCGGCCGCCGCCUUCAAGCUUCAUAGAGUGAAAGAGGUUUUGGGGGCAAUUAGUUCAGUUCUGACCUUUGUUUUGUCAACGUCAGUAGAUCUACUCGGAAUCGGAGUCGGUGACGCCGUGACUGCACUGCACUGCGGCUGGUGUACUCUGGAGCUAGUGGCUGGGCGGAGUGGGCGUGCGCGUGGGCCGUGGACGACUCGGCUCUGCAUCUGACGAGAUCGAGACUGAAUUCUGACACUGACACAUGAUCAGGAUGAUGACAGGUAACACAGUUCCUGUGUUGUUGGUUCUCCUGUCUUUGUGGUCUUCUGCUGUUCUUGGAGCCCAGAAAGCAGAUUUGAUCACUAACCUACCUGGUCUAGCCAAACAGCCUAGCUUCAACCAGUACUCUGGCUACCUCAGCGGCACUGCCAAUCAUAUGCUGCACUACUGGUAUGUGGAGUCUGAAAACAGCCCUACCAAAGAUCCUCUGAUUGUAUGGUUAGGCGAUGGACCAGGAUGUAGCGCCCUCUAUAGCAUAUUGGCAGGGAAUGGUCCGUACCUCGUCAAAGAAAAUGGAUACGACCUGGAUUACAAUGACAACAGCUGGAAUAAGUUUGCCAAUAUCUUGUACAUAGAAUCACCUGCAGGUGUAGGAUUCUCCUAUUCUACCGAUGGACUAACUAAGUCUGACGAUAACCAGGUGACCAGCGACCAUGUAGCCGCUCUGCAGUUCUUCUUAACUGAGUUCCCUGAAGUAAUUAGUCUUCCCAUGUACAUCAUGGGGGAGGGGUACGGGGGUGUGUAUGCUCCCCUGCUGGCACUCAAGAUACAACAGACAACUAACAUUACUACUCUUAAGGGCUUUGCUGUUGGUAAUGGGAUGACCAGUGAAGAACAAUUGGCAAACUCCCUGAUCUACUUUACAUACUACAGAGGUAUCAUUGGUGACCAAUUGUGGAGCACCCUACAACUUACUUGUUGUGUUAGUGGAAAGUGUAAUUUCUACAAUUCCUCAGUUGCAGCCUGCAGUGUUGCUGUCGACAAGGCACUGAUGAAUGUCGACUCAAUCGGCCUGAAUCCAUACAAUAUUCUGACUGACUGUGUUGGAGAAGCCUCACCACCAGGGGGCGCCCUUCAGAAAGAUGGCUACGUACACUAUGGAACCAGUCCUUCUGACGUCUUCAGAUAUAGCAAAUAUGCACAGUCAAGGCAAAUGUUCCUCCAUAAGCGACCCAGUCAUAAGAUGAGGCAGGAUAUACAGUGUGUGAAUACAAGUCUAGUGACUGGUUACUUGAGUAGCCCCUAUGUAAGAGAAGCCCUUCACAUCGAUGGGAGCAGACCAGCAUGGCAAGUGUGCAAUGCUGAAGUUGCUCAGAAUUACAUCAAGUUGUACCCAGAUCUGACGUCGACCUAUAUUGCACUCCAACAGACCUAUAAAUAUCGCGUCCUAGUGUACAACGGCGAUGUAGAUGCUAUGAGUAACUGUCUUGGAGAUGAGUGGUUUGUAGAUGCCUUAGGUUUAGAGGAGGAGGUCCAAUGGAGAACAUGGCUCUACAGUGAUGGUUCUCUCCAGAUCGCAGGAUUCGUCAAGGAGUAUGACCGUGUUGCCUUUGCUACAGUCAAGGGAGCAGGUCAUAUGACAGCAGCUGACAAACCUAUAGCAACUGCUCAACUUAUCAGUAACUUUGUGGGUGACAAACCAUUCUAGAUCAUGACAUGGGAGUUUCUAAAACUCUUCUUUUUUCAUUUAUGUAAUUUGUUUCUUUAAAGGAUCACAUUUUCUUUGAUCACUAAAUUAAUUUAAUACCUUAUAUUUUGAUGAUUAUUCUUUGUUGUUGUCCAAGACAGCCUUUUAGUCAAUUUAUUUCACGACAUAGAAUUCACUUAAAGGAGCAUAGCUUUACAGAUCAUGUGAACAACAUAGUAGCUUUUAAUCACAUAUUGAAUAAUACAUUCAAAGUAGUUAUUUGAUGGACAAAGUUUAGAAAAUCUGAAAUCCUGUGGAAAUGUAUACCAGCAUGAUCAUUUCCCUUCAAAACUAGCGAGAUUUGUGUGAAUUUAAUGAUCAGAAAUAUCAUUUGAACUGCUAGGUAGCUUCUUCAAUCUUCUGUAUAUUUUCUUGUUUUUGUAUUUAUGCAAAUACAUGGGGUUUUUUUGUGGCAAGGUUUGUAUGUUUCUUGUUGUUGAAAUUUGUCUUUAGUGUAGUGUAGUGGAGAAUAUAUCUACAUUGGUACUUGAUAAUUUAGUAAGCAAUUGACCAGAAAGUGAAACAGUUGAUGAAUUAAUUCUUAUAGAGAAGGAAGUGGGGUGACAUAAUAUAUGUACACAUACUUAAAUGUACAUGUAUAUUAAGUGCCUUUGUAGGUAACUGUGGCCAUAUGCAUACAGCGUAAUAUCUUGCUCUUGCCCCCAAAUUCCAUCACCAAUUAUUCCAAAUUCUGCAUGUGCAUUCCUAAUUUUUGGUUGAGUUAUACAAGUAAGAUAUUAAGCCCUCUAUACACAGACAAGGAAUCAGAGUUGGCCAACUUAGCUUUAUUGAGGAGAAACAUGGUGUUUUGUUGGCAAGCCCAAUGUCUAUGUCAUUGCUAAUGUUAUAUCUUUUGUAAUAGGUUGAAUCUUUGUAUAUUGAUGACUAAUAUUUUUACUGCCGUAUGUUUACUGCCGAAUAGAAUUUCUAUUUUUGCUGUAUCAGUGCUUUGAUCAGUAUGAUGUAAAAGAAUAAGAAUAACAAACAGUUAUUACAAAUAUUACAAUUAAUACAAGCCCACAGAAAAAAGCAGCAUUUUGCUACCAUAGUAACAAAAAUAGCCAACUCUAUGUACAUGAAUAUAUGGCUCUUGUUUUAUUCAGCUGAUAAUCUUUAAAUGUAUUGAACAGUACUAUAUGUAGAAACAUUCUGAAAGUACAAGAACUCUUUACAGGUAUUCUUUGUAUAUUUUGUAUAUUUUGAGUUCUGUCUUGCAUUUAUUUUGUUUGUAUAUGCACAUGGAUAAAGUCCCCUUUCUCCUAUACCAUGUUAUGUAAACAUAUAUACUAAGACAUUGCUUUAUCAUGUACACAGAUGAUAUAGUUAAUAUAGUUUUAUCUUUUUGACUUGCAGUGUGCAUGUGAUGAAUGUUUAAGUUAAUAUUGUGUGUGUAAAACUGCCUUCAGAAAUUAAAAUUAGAAUAUGAAAGGUUCUUUGCAAAAAUUAAAUUUUGCCUUCCUACUUAAAAAUGUAUACGAUAAUUAGCAAAGAUGUAGAAUUUGUUAUUGGUAAAGUAUUUGGGUAAUUUGUAUAAUUAUUCACCUUAUUCCAUAUUUUAUAUGUAAAUUUUAUAUUCUAAUGUAGUAAUAAUUGUAUUCUUUAAUUGCCUUUCAGUUGUUAAGACCCAAGAAGUUCUGUUUUCUUUGUCAUUUGCACAUUAGACUACUCCAAAAUGGUUUCAAUUUCGAAGUUGUGUAAUCUGUGAAGUAGUGAUUUCUUGAAUUAAUCAGAGAUGAGGUAUUGUUGGAUUACUAUAUAAGCAGAAAUAAAAAUCUAUCUUUAGAA